AUUUUUAUAAAAACGACAGCCAGCUGUGAGAAAAUUAUUCUCUCUUCUUGUAUUGCCGCGUGUUGAGAAGGCGUUUUAAUUACUAAGUUUAAUUUCAAGUUACUUUUGCCUACACAGACUUCUUCGCAAUGGCGGAGGAAACAGAAACGAAGAUGGAAGCCUUACCAGAUUUAGAUGAUUUACUGCAAUGUCCCGUGUGCUACGAGAUCCCUGCAGGGCAGAUCUUUCAGUGUAAUGAGGGGCACCAUGUCUGUGGGCGGUGCAAGAUGCGUUUGGACGUGUGUCCUGUCUGCCGUGCACUCUUCUUUGGCACACGUAACUAUGCCAUGGAAGAACUUAUUGCAAAUGUUAGAAAACUCCGAGCUUUUAAAUUGGGAGGAAAGGUGACUACACUGACAACAAGCACUGCUGCCUCUGACAGCAACUCUCCACCAACAGAUGAAGCUGUUUCAGAAACAGAAGACAAUCCUGAGGAUGAAGACAACAACCACAAUUUUGCUAGUCGCCCAGCUUUCCGGGCUCCUCAGGCUUGCAAGGGCCUUUUCCGUUGCUUGUGCUGCAAGAACGGCAACGCAGAACGUCUGCCCGCCGCGCGCCUUCUCAACCAUCUGCGCUAUUAUCAUGCUCCUGAACUUAUUGAAGGUUCAACAGAGAAUGGGGAGUAUUUACAAGCGUGGCAGUUCUCGACUGAGCCAGGUAGAAUUGUGACUGCUGUACGAGUGGCCGAUAUGGGCGUUUUCUUUUUAAUCAUUGAAAUAAAUGCUGACUCAGUGUACGCCUGGUUGACGAUGGCAUCUUCACCUUGGGUUGCUCAUGAAUUCUGCUACACUGUUACCAUUUCUGGUAAUGACAGAGAAGCUAUAUUUUCCGACUGCGUAUGGUCUGUAAGAUCGUGCGAGGGUUCUCUAAAGAAGCGUGGUCACUGUUUGCUAGUGAACGGUUCGGACGCGCGAGCGUUAGUUGCGCCUGCGUCGAUCAGCGGCAAGCUGUCCAUCCGACGCGUGCCCACUGAUCAAGUGACCAAUCAGACGCAGCCGCGCGCCGUGUUGCGCGUUGCCAACCGCGGCAGCGUGCGCGACGCCACACGGGCACCUGUCGCCCAGGAUUUGGAACCUUUCUUGCAAGACCUUCAAAACGAUGUCGCUAGACUCUCCCGCGCAUUUGUACGACUCGGUCGGGAAGCAAACGCUCUGGUGCGUGCAGAAGUGCAAUCUAGAAAUGAUAAUAACAAUAGGAGUAACCAAUCAGCUGCUGUAGAGCGACCCGUGGUGCCUCCAUCUCGUCCAGUGCCGCCGCCAUCACAUCCAGUGCCGCCGUCGCCAUCACGCCCAGUACCGCCACCGUCAUCACGUCCUGUACCGCCGCCGGUGGCACCUCCCGUCGCCCCGCUGCCUCACAUACAGGAAAAUGAACAUGUCCAUCUGUCUAGGAACGCUCGUAGACGUAUGCGUCAGCGGGUGAGAGCUGCGUUGAAUGCGUCGCAGUCCCCGCAAGAGCGCACUACUUCUGCACCUACACAAAACGCGGCACCUCUGCGGCCUAAUCCUCCAUCCGCUCAAAGGCAAAACGGCCCCACUUCCAAUGCGUCAAUGCCAACUUUCUUUAGUGGCUUCGCUAUUGUGCAGCCAGAGACGCCGCCAACGCAGCCGCCUAGCGGACCAUCGAACGGCCUUCCAAAUAAUGAAAACCAAACACGCGCGAGCAAGAAGAAGCGUCGCCAUCGCAGAUAAAUAAACAUUAGAUAAGCAAAUGUAAUUAGUAUUCAGGGAUAAUACUUAGUUGACAUGAAAGUAGUGACUACAGGUUUUUGGAGUCUCAAAACUUUCUCUGGGGUCGACUCGAGUUGGCGAAUCGAGUUUUCGUCUCGACACCGCAAAUCUUACAAGUGCUGUGAUAUUGAUAAUGUAUGGCAUUUUUGCGCCUGCUGAUAGACAAAUACCUACUUAAUAAAAUAAAUCCCCCAGGGAAAGAUAAAUUUUAAGUUGUGAUUUUUAAAUUAGAAUUAAUUGUUAUGAAUUGAUAUUGAUGUGAUUUCAAUGAAACUAAUGCAUUUUGUGGACUGUUUUUGAUCAUGUUGACA